AUGACUUUCAAAAUCACUUUGCACGCAUUUUGUCGUGUCUUUUACCGUCACGAUUUUAGUUUUACCGGUUUGUAUUUGCCAGCUCUAGUAUUGUGAUCCGAGCCUCUCCUUUCCUUAGAAUGUACUAUAUAUAUUCCUUAAACUUGCACAGAAAAUGCAGCAAGUUGUGGUGUGACGUUGAUAUCUAUUCCUUUAGUAGUGAUUUGUAUUUGUUCCUGUAUUCGGAUCCGUGUCGGUCUGUGUUUCCAUGUUGAUGUGAUGUAUUUGCCUUGAGAGCUGUAACAUGAUUUUGAUUGGAAACUCUUUCAACACACCGUUGGAAAUAGCUCGUGCAGAAGCCAUCUUAUACGAUUCUGCCUUUAUUAGUGGACCUGUCAAAAUUUGUUAACUGGCAUUACACAAUUUUGCGGGGCUAUGUACGUUGGAUGUAGCGGUACUGUAUUAUCAAUACUUAUCUUCAGCUGUGGCUAUAUUUGCUCGGCGCAAAAUUAUAUUUAGAAGUGAAGUUUGAAAAAAUAAUUGCUUCAUAUUAAAUUAUUCAUCGGCCUUUAUUGGUGAUGCUCCCUUUUGCAUCAGCGCUAUGACUUUUCCCAGUAGCUUCUGUGGUAUUAUUAAAUACUCUUGGGUACACGCGUUGAUGAAAGAACUCACAACUUCCUGAAAAGUGGCCUUCUACUCUUCCGAGGGUUUAUAAGUAUGACCAGUAGUCCAUUCUCCACUGGAUACAUUGUACACGUGUUUGCUCUUUCAAUGACCGCUGGACAAACCACAAUAAUUCCCCCUCAAAAAAACAUCAAAAUCUACAGCCGUUACAUUUAACAGCAUGGCUAAUUUUGUCUUAAAUUUGAGCAUGAACGGUCCGUUAAAUACUCUUUGCAUUUGAAGACUGCAAUCAAAUCUUGCGGACCUUUCUGCUGUUUAUGUGGGCUUGUUACCUUUCUGUACGAUGUGAGAAUUCUUUAAGUAAAUGUUGCAUGAACCGUGCAUUGAUCAACUAUUAGAAAUUUCACGCAAAAUAUUUUCCAGUACUUCACAAUUAAUCUUACUUUGACACAGUCAGUCACAUCCACACGGUUUGGUGUUUAUUCGCUUAUCUAUUAGACUUAAAAUACAAACAAUCAACUUUAACAUUUUUCUACUUCAUUCUGACGCCUUAUGCACUGUAUAUUCCCGGAAAAGUUAGAUUUGCACGCUUUGCUCGUUUGAAACGGUCCAUAUAAAUGCAGGCGGCCACACUGCAGCCCAUGCUUUCUGAGCUCGCAUUGACAAUUUACCUGUUGGAUCAAGUCACCCUACAGGCUACAGGAGCAAAUUCUGUCCACGAUUAUACUGCACCGCAAAAUCAUAUGGGAAUCCGUUGCUUUUGCUGAACUCAUAAUCUAGAUUUCAAACGUUUCUUUAAUGGCCGCGUGAACGGCCUCACUGGCUGUUCGCCAAGUAAUAGGCUCCAACCGUGCUUCGCGUAGAUUUGCUUGUUUCGUGAAAACUGCUCCAAUACGCGCUUUGCCCACGUGGCAGCAUGUGCCACAGUGGGUUCGGGUUUACUCAAACAGAUUAAGAUGGCAAAGCCACAGGUAAGGUUGCUGGGUUAGUGUGAGGCACUCACUACAUCGUUCUACGUAAACAAAACACCUAAAAACGAAAAACACAUUAAAUGAGCGUAGGUCAAUGGAAAUGAGGUCGGCCAGGUGGAAGCGGAGUGGCGAUUUGGCCAGGUGUGGUAUCUAGAUGUGAUCGUGGAGAGACACGUAGUCCACGAAAGAGUAAAAAAAUGAAUGGUCGUACCUAGAUUGUUGUCGAUGCUGGCCAGCGCGCGACGGCGCUGCUCAGGUGGUAAAAUGGUAGACGAAGGUGAGGGGGCGUUAGAGGUCCUGCAGGCUCGGCUUCUCGAAAGUGAGUCCAUGGCCCGACACUUUGAGAGUCUGGCCCAGGAGCGAGACCACCAGCUCAAUCAGGCUAACCGAGAGCUAAAAGCUACCAAUGAAGCUCUAAGAGCGCUCCAACUGCAGCUAGAGAAGGCAUACCACACGCAGCCCAACUCCGCCCCGCCCAACAGUACCCUGACCGCCAUCCUGGAGACCAAGGACGCUAGGAUAACCACGCUGGAGAAGGAGGUGGCCCUUUUGGAGCAGGAGCUGGACAGGAUCCGCGAGCUGGGCGUGCUUGGCCCGGCGCGCGCCGUCCUCCUCGCCUCCCCCACGCUUGACCUCGAUUACGCCUCUAACUAUCCCAAAGUCGAACUUAACUUUAAGCGACAACUCGACGACUUCCGGGGGGAGAUCCAGCGGCGCGACCAGGAGAUACUGGCCAUGUCCGCCAAGAUGAAGACCCUGGAGGAGCAGCACCAGGACUACCAGCGGCACAUCGCCGUGCUCAAGGAGUCCCUCUGCGCCAAGGAGGAGCACUACAACAUGCUGCAGGCUGAUGUGGAGGAGCUGAGGCAGCGCCUCGAGGAGAAGAACCGCCACAUCGAGAAGAAGACGUCGGCGGCCAUGCAGGCGACGCAGGACCGGAACCGCCUCAACAACGAGAUGACGGAACUACGCGACCACAUGGACAUCAAGGACCGCAAGAUCAACGUGCUGCAGAGAAAGAUCGAGAACCUGGAGGACCUGCUCAAGGAGAAGGACAACCAGGUGGACAUGGCGCGGGCGCGGCUGUCCGCCAUGCAGGCCCACCACUGCUCGUCCGAGGGCGCGCUCUCCUCGCUCGAGGAGGCCAUCGGCGACAAGGAGAAGCAGAUGAACCAGCUGCGCGAGCAGCGGGACCGCGCCGAGCAGGAGAAGCAGGAAGAGCGGGAGCUGCACGAGCGCGAGAUCGCCGAGUACAAGAUGAAGCUGCACGCCUUCGAGAGCGAGGUGGAGAAACUGCAGGCACGGCUGGACCGGGCGCAGGUGGAGAAGGACCGGCUGGAGACGCGGCUGGAGUGCUCGCAGUCCGAGCUGGGCAAGUCCAAGGCGGAGCUGGACAAGGCGGCCAGCGAGGUGGGCCGCAGCGGCGCGGACUGGGAGGCGGCCAAGCAGCGCCUGGCGCGCCUCGACAUGGAGAACGACCGCCUGCGCCACGAGCUGGAGCGCUCGCAGACCACGUUCGGCCGCAGCACUAUGUCCACCAGCGCUGAGCUGGACCGCGCCCAGGAGCGCGCCGACAAGGCCAGCACGGAGCUGCGCCGUGCACAGGCGGAGCUGCGCGUCACGAUGGCCGACACGGAGCGGACGCGCGCCGAGGCCGCCUCGCUCCAGGAGAAGCUGGAGAAGUCCCAGGGCGAGGUGUACCGGCUCAAAGCGCGGCUGGAGAACGCGCAGGGCGAGCGGGAGUCGCUGCGUGAGGAGUACGAGCGCAUGCAGUCCUCCGUCAGCCGGCUGCACAGCGAGCGGGACAAGAGUGUGGCCGACCUGGAGAAGGCCCGCGAGGAGCUGGAGCGCACGCAGGCCACCCUGGGCAAGGCACAGCUGCAGCAGGAAAAGCUGCAGAACCUGCUCGACAAGUCCCAGACCGAGGUGGACAAGCUGCAGGAGCGCCUGGACAAGACCACGGGGGAGAUCCGAAAGAUCCAACUGGAGAAGGAGAAGCAGACGUACGACUUCGAGAACAUCGAGUCCCAGCUGGACAAGGCCCUGGGCCAGGCCACGCGCCUGCAGAAGGAGCGUGAGGGCGUGCAGCUCGAGAUGGACAGAAUGCGGGACAAGUACGACAAGGUCCAGGGGCUGACCGCGCGGCUGCAGAAGGAGCGGGACGGCUUCCAGGAGGAGGUGGUGAAGCUCCAGGGCCAGCUGGCCAGCCAGGCCAGCAAGGCCCAGCGCGACCGCGAAGCGCUGCUGGCCGAGCUGGACGCCAUGAAGGAGCGCCUCGACAAGUCUCAGGUGGUGCGCGACGACGCGCUCGCCGAGCUGGACCUGGUCAAGGACAAGCUGGACAAGGCCCAGCUGCUGGCCACCAAGGCCCUCGAGGAGAAGGACAGCGUCAGCAAGGAGAUGGAGCGCCUACUAGAGAAGUACGACCGGUACCAGGGCGAGGUAUACCGCGUGCAGAACAAGCUGGACGCCACCGAGGCCGAGAAGGACAGGCUGCAGAUGGAGGCGGAGAAGGCCACGCUGCUGGCCGCCAAGUCGCGCGAGGAGUGCCGCAAGCUGCAGGAGGAGCUGGCGCGCGUGCAGGAGGCGUUCGACCGCGCCGCGCUGCAGCUGGGACGCACGCGCGAGAACGAGGACAAGUUCAAGGAGGACAUGGACCGCAUGUCCGUGGAGCUCGACAUGAUGCGCGAGCGCUACGAGAAGGCCCAGAUCGAGGCACGCCGCAUGCAGGCCGAGCGCGAGAAGGUGCAGGGCGACCUGGAGCGCGCCGGCUUCGAGCUGGAGCGGGCGCACGCGCAGACCGCCAAGACGCAGGCCAGCUACGAGAAGGCCCAGGAGGAGGUCGCGCGGCUGCAGGUUGAGGCCGAGAAGCUGCACGAUCGCCUGGAGAAGGUGACGGCCGAGGCCCGCAAAGCGCAGUCCGAGCUGGAGCGCUUCCGCGGCGAGGCCGACAACCUCCGCGAGGAGGCCGAGCGCUACGCCCUGCGCGCGCACGGCCACGAGCGCGCCAAGGAGGAGCACGACCGCAUCCGCCUGGAGGCCGACAUGCUACGCGACCGCCUGGAGAAGGCCGGCCUGGAGCUGGAGCGCGGUCGCAAGGCCGAGCAGGAGGUGCAGCGACUACGCCAGGAGCUGGAGCGCGUCGAGGGCUCGCGGUCCAAGUUCCAGUACGAGCAGGAGCGCUGGACCAGCGAGGCCGACAAGCUCCGCGAGGAGCUCGAGCUGGCGCUGCGCUCGCGGCAGGAGCUCGAGGUCCGCGCGCACGAGCUGGGCCUCGAGGUGGACCGGGCGCGCGCGGACGCCGCCAAGGCCGUGGGCGGCCGCGACAAGUACGAGUCCGAGCUGGAGCGGCUGCACAUCGAGUGCGAGAAGGUGCGCGACCGCCACGAGAAGCUGCAGCUCCGCGCCGAGGUCCUGGAGCAGGAGAACGAGCGCAUGCACCACGAGCUGGCGCAGAUGGAGCGCAGCGUGGCGGACCGCAGCGGUGCCGAGGUGCAGCGCGUCGUGGACCGCCUGGAGAAGGUGCAGCAGGAGAACGAGCGCCUGCGGCUGGAGGCGCAGCAGAUGCAGCAGCAGGUACAGCAGCAACUGCAGCAGCAGCAGGCGGCCGCCGCGGCCGAGGUCGCCAAGGCCCAGCAGGAGGUGCAACGCCUACGGCAGGAGCUGACGCAGGCCGAGCGCACGCAGCAGCAAGGCUCGGCGGCCGGCGCCGACCUCUCCAAGGCCAACGCGGAGGUGCAGCGGCUGACGCGCGAGCUGGAGAAGUCCCAGCUGCACCUCGGGAAGUACCAGGAGAACAACGAGGCGGCGCGCAUCGAGUUCGAGCGCAUGGCCACCGAGCUCGACCGCAUGCAGGCCAAGCUGGAGCAGGCCCAGGCCGAGGCCGCGCGCGCCGCGGACCUGGAGCGGGACCGCGAGGUGCUCAAGCAGGAAGUGAACCAGGUCAUGAAGGCCAUGGAACAGAUGCAGGGCGACCAGGUGCGGUCUCGGCAGGAGGGCGACGUGGUGCGCACCCUGCAGCAGGAGCUGGCCAAGGCGGGCGAGGACAAGAAGGCCAUGGCCGUCAUGAUGGACAAGCGCGAGAAGGCAGUGGCGCAGCUGGAGAAGGCGGUGCAGAAGCUGGAGGCCGACACCAAGCAGCUGCAGACGGAGCGAGACCAGCUGGUGCUGCAGCUGGAGAAGUCCCAGGACAUGCUUAUGAACUUCCAACAGGAGCUGACGGCCAGCGAGGAGGCCCUGGAGCGCGAGCGGCAGGAGGCCAACCGCCUACGGGCCGAGCAGAAGCGGCUGUCGCAGGACACGGAACGCGGCACCAGGGACGUUCUGGAGGCCAGGGACAAGGAGAUCCAGCGACUGCAGCAGCGACUCCAGGAGCUCGAGCAGGGCCGCGGACAGCUGGAGCAGGAGCGGGCGCGCGCCGCCAAGGCCGAGAAGGCCGUGGCCGAGCUCACGCGGCAGGUGCAGCAGCUGCAGCAGCAACUGCAGGCGGCGGCGGCGGGCGGCAGCGCCAACGCCAGCGCCAAGGAGGACAUCGCGCGCCUGCUGGGCGAGCUGGACAAGGCCCACGCCGACCUCAAGGUCGCCACCACCGAGGCCGACCGCUACAAGGCCCAGCUCGAGAUGCUCGUCACCGAGCUGGAGAAGAGCCAGCUCGAGCUGCACGAGUCCAAGCAGCGGCUGGCGAGCGGCGCGGCGCGCGGCGGCGAGGAGACGUCCAACCUGAAGAAGCAGCUCGAGGAGCAGAAGAAGCAGCUGGAGGAGCAGCGCCGCCGUCUCGACGAGUUCCGCAAGGGCGCGGACCAGCGGACCCGGCAGCUGGAGGAGCGGGAGCGCGCCCUGGCGGACAUGGAGGACAAGCUCAAGAAGCGUCGAGAGAAGAUCGACCAGAUGGAGCAGGCCAUCCAGAAGCAGGGCGCGGCGGGGGCGGGCGCGGCGGCGGGUUCAGCCGACCAGCAGCGCAAGGUGCAGGAGCUGCAGCAGCAGCUGCAGGAGCACCAGAAGCAGCUGGCGGCGGCCAAGGAGGAGUCGCAGCGGUCGUCCGUGGAGAUGGAGAGACUCCUGCAGCUCGUGCAGAUGAGCCAGGAGGAGCAGAACUCCAAGGACAAGCAGAUCCACGACCUGCACGAGGCACUGAAAGCAGCCCAAGCCAAGCUGCGCGCGUCAGGCCCCGCGGCUGCGGCCCAGCAGCUCAAGGAAGAGAACGGCACUGCUGUGGGCGGCGAGAUCCUAGAUGACCUCCUCUCGGCCCUGGAACCCUCGGUGCGAGAGACGCCCGGCCUGCGAGAAGCGCUGGAGAAGGCGCUGGAGAGGCAAGGGGCUGCAGAGGGCAGCGCCUUGUCCACGGAGAAGGACGGCGCCGGGGCGGAGCUCUCCGCCGAGGUGGAAAGGCUGCGCAGGCAAACGAAGGCGCAGGACAAGGCGGAGGCCGACUCCAAGGCGGCGCGGCGCGGCCUGGAGGCCGAACUGUCCCAGCUGCGUUGCCACCUGAAGGCCGUGAAGGAGGCCGAGGCCGUGCGGCAGACCACGCUCGAGGCCAAGCUGCAGGACGAGGUGGAGGCCCUGCGGAGCAAGGUGGAGGCCCUCCGCGUCAAGCAGCAGGACAACGAAGAGGCGAGCCGGACUGCGGAGGCCGAGCGCGCGGCCACGCUGCAGGCCGAGAUCGAGACCCUGCGGACUAAGGUGCAGGACAACGAGAGAGCCGAGGUCGAGCGAGUGGCCGAGCUGCACGCAGAGAUCCAGUCCCUGCAGGAGAAGCUCAAGGCCAGCGUCGAGGCCAAGGCCAAACUGGAGGCCGAGAUCGCGGCACUGCAGGAACACAGGCCUGCGGCCGAGGCCACCGCCACCGGGACGCAGCAGGCGGAGGCUGUGGACCCACAAUCGAUAAGGGAGGCCGACCAGGCGGCACAGGGGGCCGAGGUCUCUGACCUGCGGGACAGGCUGGAGGAGGCCGAGGCCGGGAAGGCGGCGCUGCAGACAGAGGUGGCGGCGCUGGAGCGCGCGCUGCGGUGCAGCACGGACAGGGAGGCGGCCGAGCUGGAGGAGCUGGCCUCGGCGCUGACGCUGCGCGACGAGCGCAUCGAGGAGCUGCAGGAGGCCCUGCGCGAGAGCGUGCGAAUAACAGCGCACGAGGAGACGCGCCGCAAGCAAAUCAUGGGCACCGUGGCCAAGCUGGAGCAGCGGCUGCUGUCGCUGCAGACGGCCUACGCCAUCCGCUGCCCGACGUGCAGGCCGCUGCUGCAGCGCGUGCAGGACCUGGAGCGCCAGGCCGCCGAGUGGCGGCGCCACCUCGCCGACCUCAGCCACAUGAAGCAGGAGGCCCUGGAGGCCGCCGUCUCGGAGAAGGACGCGCACCUCGCGCUGCUCGAGGUCUCCGGCAUCCGCACCGCCAAGCAGGCCGAGGAGGCCGACAAGCUGCGCGCCGACCGGCGCCGCCUCGUGGAAAGACUGAAACUAGUUAACGAGGAGAGCGUCAAGCUGUACCUGGAGCCGUCGGACCCCGGCCGCAACGGCUCGGUGGGCGACGUGCUGUCGCGGACCUCGGCGCUGUCCCUGGAGGUCCCCAUGGAGGCGGAGCGAGACACGGACCCGCCGCCCCCCACGCCCGCCGUCAACGGCUGCGCCAAGAACAACGGACACAUGUCGCCGGACAGCACGGAGUCCGUGGACACCACGUCGUCGCCGUCCUCGCCGGGAUGAAGCCUUCAGGCAGUGCCAUACUGCGGGGAGUCGUGCUGUGACCGACUCGUCAUGUUUUAAUUGUUUACUUUAGUUCAAGAGUUGACCAAUCUGCUAGCACCGUUUUAGUUGUUACCUUGGUUCGUAUCAGAGGACGUAGCGCGGCGCCGUCUGGUCGUACCGUCUGCCCGCAGGCUGCCAAAAAAUUAAUUAUUGUUACUAAUGAGUUCACCACUGUGUCAGUUAGUCGUGGAGGUUUGCAUUUAUAUUACAACAUAUGUUUUGAAUCAAAACGCACAUUGUAAUAUUUUCAAGGCAAAUUUUUGUACAUAAUACUACGUGAGUUAAAUGAUGUAAGUUUUGUUAUUUUUGCGAGUCGCAACGAGGCGGUGCCGCCCGGGCCGCCAUUCAAGUCUUUACUCGGUAGCAUCGCCGCCAUGUUUGUUGAUAUUUUGUAGGGUGAUAACGCAAUACUCUUGUGCCACGCGGUUUCGUCGCCGUGCACAGAAACUGACAUAAAGAAAGAGGAAAAACACUGGUCGCCACUGUGUUUUCCUUACACUGUACAAAAAAACGCUGACUGGCUAGAUGAAGUGCACGGAGGACGAGUGGCGUGCACUGUGGAGGAAUCGGCCAGCUUGACAAUAAGCGACACGUCUUCCUCCAACUGACAAACCGUGUUGUUGUUGUUAUUGAUGUUGUUAUUUUUGUUUCGCUUCGGUAGGGAAACCGAUGAGACUUUUUACGAAAAUUGUGCGUCCCUUCGCGCCUUGUGCCCUGUCCGUGCCAGACUGCCAGACUGUGCGUGUAGAGUGUAGGCCUAGUCCCUAUGUUCGAGCGUCGGCCGUCGGCACAAUUGCAGGAUAACUCUUUUCAUUGAAGGCGAGAGCCUUAGUUGUUAAAACUUUGGUGGUGUGCAAGAAAUAAAAGGAUAUGGGGGAGGCGAACAAGGAGCUGUAGUGUUAGCCCACAAUAAGUACUGGCACCACUGGAAACGUAACUAGAUGUGUGGAAUAUUUGUUUUGCUCGAGAGUCACGCUAAAAGUAAUGUACCCUGCGUUUUCAAGCCUUAUGAGCGAAGACGAGUUAAUGUGUAAACCAAUUGUUGAUUUUAGGUGCAAGCCACAUUCCUCAUUCCGCUAGACUAGAACAAAAUAAAAGUGUUAGAUAUAACGUCAAUUUCUAAGUAUUACAAUUCUUCUUCAUCACGGACCUGAUUUUGUGCGCGGGUGUUUUUUGCGUGCUUGUGAGUUAACGGGGAUUUGUUUUUUCAUAAUUGGUGGGGCGGGGCGGGAUGAAAUAGCGAGGAGGGGUUGUAUUUAGAUUGAAAUUAAACGUUUUGGGUGUAUAUAUGCGAGUAAGUGUAGAGGCGACGAAUUGAUUAGAACAUUCAACUUACGUAAAUUGGAGGGGCUUCGUCUGAAAACGGGCACCUGAGCACUGGGUCGUCGCACUGCGCAUUAAUGGUUUACUACGGUAGUCAUAAGGCAUGUGCGCUUGUGUUGCCACUUUAUCAGCAGUUCAAGAGGCGGGGUUUAGACCCGCAGGAGCUACGUACAACUAAAUAAUGUUAACGAUGUGUACAGACUUAGUAUUUAUUGUUGUUAAACGUUUGUUUUGAAACAUAUCUGGUUCUGUUGUGAAAACGCGACGCCCAUGACAUCACCAACUCGUAGCCACCAGGUGGCAGGCAUUAGUGGCAUGUUGUAUGUUGCGACUUUCUGUCUGCUUACUGUGAAUAGUUAUACUGACGAAUUAUAUUUUAAACACAUAUGUUUAAGGUAUCAGAACAAUAAUAUUAGAUGUCGUUCCCCUCGCAAAAUCGUUUGAAAUUUGUGGCCUGAUGUACAGUAUUUUCGUAGGUUCGUCCGACCUGUUCCAUGCCACACUUCAAUGUGCCCGAAAAAAUAUUGAUCAGACGACUUGAGAAGUGUUUCAUGGAAUGGCUCUUUCCUUUACGAGUAUCUCAAAACCGAAUCAAAAGUAAUGAAAGUCUGUUUUCUGUGACGCUGCGUAAAUGCGUCCAUUUGGGGUGAUUCGGGGAAGACAUUCUUUUGUCCCGGACCACUCAAAGACGACGCGGUCGGACUCAUUCAUACAUGCCCUUAAUUAUAAUACUCUUUGCCGUUGCUCCCCGCUCUCUGCAAGCGCUGAAAUUUUCUCUCUCUGCAGUUUGUAAGUCGUUCAUACGUUCCCGCGGAACAUAGAAUACGCUUUUCUUACCUCGAGUCUAAUUCUACCCCCUAGCGUUUCCUCUUUCAAUCACUAUUUCCGCGAAUGCCUCAAGUAGACUCGUCUCGAAAGCUUGUUGUUAGGAUAUAACUGUGACUCAGUGACUGUCAGUACAAAUUCUUGGAAAGGGAUCCGCUAGUUGAGUGCAACAAAAGCACAACCCUUGACGCAUUUUUAAUACUCUUUCAUGCUUUUAACUACAGUAUGAAAUUUCACUCCCACCUCAUUGGUCAAGUAAAUCGUAAACUUGUUUUAACCAGUUUGCACCGAGAUAUGCCAGCGUCAAAAAAUGUUUAAAAUACCAAACACUUGAAAGGGUUGUAAAUUGGUCCCUUAUCUGGUUGCACAACGUGCACCGCGCAUUUUAAUGAAUUUCGAUUUGUGGCCUUUUACCAAUGUUGUAAUCGAGUGGUUUUUAAAUUGAGCAGGGCGGUCUUAAGUCUCCCAAUUGGCACCCACAUGUUACAUAUCUUGCGAUUGUCCUUUUUUUUCUGUGAUAUGCAUCAGAGCCGCUACGUUGGUAGUGUCUAAUAAUAUUUUCGUCUGUUGUGUAAUAUCAUUUCGGACGCGUUGUUGCAGCAGGGAAUUAUGUAGCUUCGUUUUCCUUUCGUGGUCUUACAAACAACACAAUACAAUAGACCUAGAAGUAUUUAGCAAUGCUUGUAUUCUGUGGUUGAUGAUGUACAGUAAGUGCGGAAUCUGUUUUUGUUCUGUUGUUUUAUCCUGAUUUGUGCCGAGGUGUUUCCGAAAGAAUGUGUAUUGACCAAUAACGAUGGCAUGAAAUUAUACUAUAGUGCAACAAAAUAUGAGAAAAUGAUGUUGUGAAAUCGUCUGAUACCAUUAAAGAACAUGUUGUUGAAUGUGA